AUGGCAUCCUCUUCUUCUCUAAUGACAAAUCCAUUGACUUCACUAUUCUGCAAAUCCUCAAAACCAGAGUCUCUUCUCUUGGUGGGCCCUACAACGUCAACAACUCAACUGAGGUUGCUGACACAAAACAAGAAUCUCAAGCAGAAGCCAAAGUCAGUGUCUUCCUCUGGUUUUUCUUCUUCUUCUUCUUCUUCUUCUCCUGUGGUGUGCAAGGCAGUGUCUAUCAAGCAACCAGAGACUGAGAUUGAAGGCCUCAACAUUGCCGAUAAUGUUACUCAGGUAAGGAUAGGUCAUAGUAUGAUAGCUGAUGCUGAGCAAAAGGGACUUAUAACACCUGGAAAGGCGCCUGUAUCAAUUGCUGAUCAGGCACUCCAUCUAGCCAAGUGUGCAUUUCAAAUUGUGGUUAUUGGUGUGGAACCUUCAGAAAGCAACAUUCUCUCAGGUGGAAAGCCUGGUCCUCACAAGAUUCAAGGGAUUGGAGCUGGUUUUGUACCCAGGAAUUUGGAUCAAGAUGUGGUUGAUGAAGUUAUUGAGGUUGAUGUCUUAUCAAUCUUCUGUUUCGUGGUUUACUUAGCUUCUACAUAA